AUGAAUCCAGUUGUAGUGUUGACAGCCAUCAUUAGCCUUGCACUCGCAGAAGGUUUCAAGCUUGGAUUCAAUCUCGACGAGGAUCGCCUCAAAAUCGUCGGUGGACAUCCGAUUGGCAUCGAACAGGUCCCAUACCAGGUUUCGGUGCAGAUCAAAACUAGAUCAUCCCAGAGGCACAUUUGCGGAGGAGCAAUUAUAAGCGCCGACAAAGUGCUCACCGCAGCCCACUGCAUUUCGGAUAAGGGUAAAUACGCUGUCCGAGCUGGCUCCUCAAACCAUAAUGAUGGAGGUCAAUUGGUUAACGUGGCUGACUAUCACAUCCAUCCCGAGUUCAGUAAUUACCACCUGACGAACGAUAUCGGGAUGCUGCGACUCGAGAUAAGUCUGUACUUCAGCCGGACGGUUUCGUUGAUCAGCCUAGCAUAUUCUGAACAGUUUUACUCGCCCCAGUAUGAAGCAUUCAUUUCCGGUUGGGGAUCGAUUUUGUACGAAUCAUCGCUUUCCGAUCGGUUGCAGGGAGUCUCCGUACCGCUGGUGAGUCACGAGUUGUGCUCGGAGCUGUAUACUGACUUCAACAACAUAACGGAAACGAUGUUCUGCGCCGGGUUGGUAAAGAAGGGAGGCAAGGACUCAUGCCAGGGCGAUUCCGGAGGACCAGUCGCGCUGAACGGUUAUCUGAUUGGGAUUGUUUCCUGGGGAUACGGUUGUGCCGCGCCAAAGUAUCCCGGGGUGUACUCGAAUGUGUUUGCCUUCCGGAAUUGGAUCUAUCCGCUGUUGUGAAAAGUUGAUAA